GUGAGCGAGCAAGGCGAGAUGAGCCGCCGGACCAGGCGUGCCGCCGAGCACGAGCAGACACCGGCGGCGCUCGCCGAGAGCCCCAGGAUCGUGUCCAACCCCAUCUUCCGCUGCGAGGCCGGGCCGGGCCGGCCCGAACCGCCGCCGCCGCCGCGGGGCGACCAGCCGCGCUGCGUCUACCGGCCCACCUCGCUGUACGCGCUCGUGCACGACCCGGCCUCGGCGGCGUCCGCCGCAAGCGGCGGCAUCGGCAAGCCGCUGCCGCUGCCGCUGCCGCUGCCGCUGCCACCGUGCAGGGCCCACCGCUCGGGGCCAGGAGCGGUGCCAGCCUCGCGCACCGGGCCCGCUGUCGUGGCGGGCGGAAGCGGAACGCAUGGCAGGGCCCUGAGGCGGGCGCCGCCGGAUCCGUUCCUGGCUGCCUACGUGGCGUGCAGCAAGAGCGCCGGCAGCGGCAAGGACGCUGCAGCUGCCGGAGUGGAUCGGCGGGUGGGCGGCAUGUGGAGCGGCGGGUGGGCGGCGGGCGCCAAGUACGCCGGGGCCAUGUCGUGCAGGCACGGCUGCGGCUGCGCCGUCGCCGACCGGCAGCAGGUGGGCGCUCCCGCGGCCGCGGCAAAGGAGGAUGCGGGGCCGACGCUGGACUUGUCGUGGGCGCCGGCGGUGCUCUCGGCGAGGGCGCUGGAGCGGAGGCGGGAGCAGCGCUGAGGAUGCACGCCUGUUUUAUGUGCCUCUCUCGCCGUGCUUCCGUUCUGCUAGUCUCUGUCCAUACCAUACGUGUCACUCACUACUGCCCGCUAUGGAACUAGUACUCGGCAUUGGUGUGGUGUAAAAUUAUGCAAUGAUGGAAUUAUGUACGCCAUUUGUAGAUACACAUACGGUGUGUAAAACUAUGAAGUGAUGCGAUGCAUCGUAAAAAUAUUAGGUGGACA